UAUAAUAACCAUGGCGCCAAAUCCCACACUUCGAGAGAGCGCUUCAGCAAUGGAAGAAACCCUAAUCUCCCGAAAACGGAGCAAUCCUUCUUCAUCACCGCCCGGUGCACUCACCCGCAGUAGAUCCCAGCUCUUUGUUCAUCGCAACCGCUCCGGCCAGCGCCGCCCUGAUUCCGGUCCGAGACAGGGUGGCCUCUACUCCGGUCUCGGUGGCUCUUCUGGAAAUGAUGAAAAGCGAGAACCACCGGAGGAGGACGACGGCGACACCCUUCUCGUCAAGUAUCUUCGGAAGAAAGCGAAGCGUGACGAUGAUGGCGGAGACCUACCUCGCCUUCUGACAAAGGACUUGCGCGCGCGGCGAGUUUAUUCCCCACAAUCCAGCGCUCGUGCUUCCUUAGAUUUGAUCGAUUCCGAUUGCGCAGAUCGGAAAAUUGCAGGUUUAGGGUUUGGAUCGCCGUCGAGUGAGGAAAAGAGUGGUGUGCAUGUUGAUGAUGUGAUGAUUGCUGUCAAUUCUGAUUGCACGGAUCGGAAAAUUGCUGAUUUAGGGUUUGGAUCAUCAGCAGAAAAAGGUGGUUUGUGUGUGGAUGAUGCGACGAUGAAAGUGACUGUGAGUCCCGAUUUGGGGAUUUCUUCCCAGGCUCGGGAUUUCGACCGGGCAAACACCGAUUCCUCAGAUCACAAGCAGUUUGAGGAGGGGAAUGACGGAGAUUGUUCAGGGAAAAUUAAUGAUUUCGAUGAAGAAAUUGUUGUGACGACUCCACCAGAUGCAGAGUUAUUGGGUGAUUCAAAGGUUGAUGGAGAUGAAGGGAAAGGGGAAGAGGAUCUUCUUGUCAGAGAUGCGCCUUUUACUGGAAAAGCAGAAAAUUCAGGGGAAGGUUUAUCCCGGAAAGAUAGCAAGAGAAAUGAUUCUGUUCUUAAGAGCAAAUAUGUGCUCGGAGUCAGACCGCGUUUCCAGGGCAAAUUGUUCAAGGCCCCGGGUUCGGUCAGUUACAGAAAGCUGUUUCCAUAUCUUAUGGAUAUUAUGGGAGAUGGUUCUGGUACCAAAAAAUUGGGUCACUGUGAUAAAGAUGAGAAGGGUAUGGGUGGACAGGAUUUCCAGCUUCCUUUGUCAUCUCAAAGUGAAAAACCUUCUGAACCUGAACUGAAGUCUGAAAGUUUCACAAUGCGUGAGACUAAUGGCUCAAAAUUGUCAUCUUCCCAGAACUUACUUGAAUCACCAAUGGAAUUAAAUGAGAGAGAAGUAUCCGGUGAGUGUUUAUCCGUGCCAUCUGGUGAUGAUAAAUGCUUCAAUGAAUCAAAGUGUGAUCCAGCUGCAGAUUCCGAUGGUGUUAAAGUUGUUGGGAAUGCUUUGCACAAUGAUGACUUUAUGCAAUGUUCUAUCCACAAGAACAACCUUGAUUACGCCAAGGUUACUAAUGACAGUGGUUGUACAUCAGUGCAACUUGGUGUUUUGAAUGAUGACUUUAUACUGACAACUCCUCCUGAUGCUAAGAUAUAUGAUAAUUCAGCGGUCAAUGUGGAUCGAUCAAAGAGUGUGCCCCAGGAUAUGAAGCGUCUCAAACCUAUGGACUUGAGAACAAACACUCAGGAAAGUUUUAGUAAAGGGGUUUGUCUGAAAGCUGAUUCAAGAAAAGAUUCUCUUCUCAAGAGUAAAUCUGUGCGAAGACCACAUUUGCCUGGGAAACUUUUCAAAACUCUUGGUUCAGUCUCUAAAAGGUUUCUUCCAUUUUUAAUGGAACUAGCCAAAGAUGACCCUGGUAUAUCCAAAUUUGGUCACGGGACUCCUAAAAAAGAUGAGGCGGAUAUGCAUGGGAAGAGAUUCGAACUUACUUUAUCUUCUCAACCUGAAGAAGCUUCUAUAGAUGGACAUAAGAUAGAGAAAGGUCCCAUACAUGGAACAGUUGAGUCUAAUGCUUUGGGAAACAUUUUAUUUAAUUCUGCUAAUGAGUUAUCUAAUGGUAACCUACCAAAGUUAACAUCUUCCCAAGACUUGCCUGAAUUGCCAAUGCAAUCGGAUGUUAAAGAAGUGGUUCAGGAGUGUUUAUCUGCACCCUCUGUUGAAGAACCUAUUGAGAAAGCUGUGGUUGGUUCUAAAGAUGAAUGCUCGAGGGAACCAAAUUUUGAUCUGUGUUCAGCUAUAGUUGAUUUUCACUCUACUAAAAUUGUUGCAAAUGAUGGGCACGAUGUUGACAUCAAGCAUAUGCAGAAUAGCAUAUCCAGUCUGCAAGAGAGGGGGCCAUCACCCAAAGAUCAAAGUAUGCUUUAUGUUAACGUUGGUGUCUCCAAUCAAACACUUGAGCAUCAUUCAAGUGAAGUAAAAGGAUUCAGUGUCAAUAAUGGUGAAGUAAAGCAGCUUCUGAAUAUGGAGAAGCGUAAAUAUGUUAGCAGAUAUCCUUCGGAAGGUCAGAGUUCGAGUCAGUUGGAUACUGAUAUGCAAGAUUUGGAGGAGAAUGAAAGAAGCAAUGGUGCAAUCAGAAAAAGUGAUGAUGCUGUGGUUUUGAAUCAUGUUGGUGUUUCAAAUGAAGUUCCAAGACCACCUCCAGAGAAUAUUAUCUCUAAAACACAAGACAUGGCUGCACAUGGUGGAAACAAAGAAGGAAGUGUUCAGAAAGGCAUAGCUUAUGGUUCUAAAGGAAAUAAUGGCAGGAAAGGUUGUUAUGCAUAUGAAAUUGAGAAUGCAUCUGAAUCCAAGAUCACACCGGUCCUAAAUCGCUGUCCACGGAUUAAAUCGUUGAAACAUGCUGGAUCUCCCACCUACAAAAGAUUGCUUCCACUUCUCUCAAAUGCCAAGAAAUAUAAUUCUUGUGCUUCAGUAAACAGGCAUGACCCGAAACAUCAGAAGUUUUUGGAUCAAACACCACUUCUGCCAAUUUCUGAUUCAGACUUGCGAGCAACUUCCGGAGGAGAUUCUAAUGAUUCUGUUCCUAUGGAACAUUUUACAGCCAAUUCUGGUACUACGCAGCAAAAAGAGUUGAAUGCUUGUGAAUUAAAUGAUGAUAGUUCAAGCCCACGAUCUCGAAGUCCCGGAUUUCAGUCAUCGAAUAGUAAAUGCAAAGUGAUGCAAAUGUGCGAUGAACAGGUUCUAUUAAAUGGGCUCUGCAAACCAGAGAGCUCCUCUGGUACACCAAUUUCUGUUCGCCGAAUAGAUUCACCAAGCACGCCCUUAAGACCUAUAGUUAAUGAAGUUAUGGCUAGAGAAGAGGCUACAUUUGCCUUGUCUGAGUCAUUGAUUAACUCAAAAGUAAAAGGAAAUUGUUCUUUCUCAAUAUCUCCUGAUGACAAAGAGAAGCUAUCUGAGGCACAUGGAUGUUGUCUGAGCUUGUCUCAACUGGAACUUAAAGAGAAACUUGAGGUCCCUGCUGUUGAUUUCAAGAAGGGAAUUUUAAAAAGAAAUCCAAGAGGAUGCAGAGGGCUUUGCACAUGCUUGAACUGUGCUUCUUUUCGCCUUCAUGCUGAAAGAGCAUUUGAAUAUUCUAGAAAUCAGUUGCUAGAUGCGGAAGAGGUUGCCCAAGACCUUUUAAAGGAACUAUCUCAUCUAAGAGAUAUGUUAGGAAGACCAAUUGAUAGUGUCAAUGACAAUCCUGGUUUUGAUAGAGAUCAGGUGAAAGAAGCCUGUAGGAAAGCGUAUGCAGCAGAACAACUUGCCAAAGAGCGCCUUAGCAUGAUGAAAGAUGAUCUUAGCAUCCAUUGCAGAAUAACAAACUUGCAGCGACCAAGGGUUAGAUUUGCAGAUCAUGUCCAAGAAAAAAUCAUCAAAGGACGCAGAUAAAUGGCUAACCACACCUUACACCAGCUAUCGUCUCAGCAUGGAAGUAUCUUUCUUGCAGUGAAACAAAUAUUUGGUUAGUGGUCUUGGAAAACUAUGUCCGGCGGAGAGUAUGCUGGUGAAAAGAAAAUUGAGGGAGAAAGGGCAGAGACAUCUUCUCCAAAUUUUACUUUUAGUCCUAUUUUUGUUUUAUUUGUAACUGUAAAUACAUUUUGCUUGAAGUUGUGCAUAUUUAAGUUGCGUAUUCAAGAAAUUGUUGAUUAGUAAUUGUUUUU